UGCGCCACACACUACACACGCAGGGAGCGAGACACACGCGGCAGAGCUCUCGAUCACAGCGCGCGCAGCCGGAUCGUUCCAAAUUUCAAAAUUCGAAUGUAACCGCAGCGGCGGGAUGCGACAUUAUAUCCGUCUGUCGGCGCUUUGAUCAACGCACUACCCGCAGGAUGGAGAGGAAACUUGGCUGAACUUACAGCUGAUUUUUCAUUUGCUUUACUUCAGACAUGGAGAGCUGACAGCUGAGCGCGUGCAAGCGGAAGUACGACGACAGACAGCCACAGGAGCCACUAGAUCUACACAUCGGGCGACGAUUUUAGGCCUUAGCAGCUGUCCUCAGUCAUGGCUGCUUACGGACAGACGCAGUACAGCCCCGCGUUACAGCCGGCCGGUCCAUACACACCGUACACACAUCACACACAGGGCUACAGCAUGACGUCCUACAAUAUUAAAACAGAAGAUGGCCUGAGUCAUUCACCAGGACAGAGCAGUCUGCUGGGAUACACGUCCAACUUCAGCGGCACUCCACCCGCUCAGACGCUCUACAGUUACUCCACACACGGUGGCAGCAUUCCUUCUGGAAUUUUCCAGGGUGCAAACAGCAUCACAGGCUCAACGCCGUUCAGUCCUGCACAGCAGGUGGGUCAAAUUAGGAAAAUGCAUCACACAGCACCUUUGCUGAUGGACUACAAUCACCCUUGGAGACUGAUAUACUGUUCAGAGUACCACGCUCCCACGAGUCCUCCGACUCCAGGAAAGGAGCAGGAAGGCGCUCCAGCGAGACGCAGCUCAGAUGGGAAGCUGAGAGGCAGGAAGAGGGCCAAUGACCCCGUCCCCCCUCUGGACUCUGAGAUUGAGAGAGUGUUUAUUUGGGACCUGGAUGAGACCAUCAUUAUUUUCCACUCGCUCCUGACGGGGACAUUUUCCACACGCUUCGGCAAGGACUCUGGCAAGGCUGUGUCUCUGGGCUUGUGGAUGGAGGAGAUGAUCUUCAACUUGGCAGAUUCACGUCUGUUUUUCAACGACCUGGAGGAAUGUGACCAAGUUCACAUCGAUGAUGUGGCCUCGGAUGACAAUGGGCAGGACUUGAGCACGUAUAACUUUGGCACGGAUGGCUUCCAGAGCCCAGCAGGUGGAGGCACGCUCUGCUUGGGCUCAGGUGUUCACGGCGGGGUCGACUGGAUGAGGAAACUUGCCUUCCGCUACCGCAGAGUCAAAGAGAUCUACAACACCUACAAGAACAAUGUAGGAGGUUUGCUGGGCAGUCCGAAGCGGGAAGAGUGGCUUCAGCUGAGGCGGGAGAUGGAGGUUUUGACGGAUCUGUGGCUGACGCAGGCACUCAAAGCUCUCGCUCUCAUCAACUCCAGACCGAACUGUGUGAACGUGAUGGUCACCACCACGCAGCUGAUUCCAGCGCUCUCCAAAGUACUUCUCUAUGGGCUUGGAGGAGCUUUUCCCAUCGAGAACAUCUACAGUGCCACCAAAACAGGUAAAGAAAGCUGCUUUGAGCGCGUGACCCAGAGGUUCGGCCGCAGAGCCGUGUAUGUGGUUGUAGGGGAUGGAGUUGAGGAGGAGACGGUCGCCAAGAAGAAGAACAUGCCGUUCUGGAGAGUGACGUGCCGGGCGGAUCUGGAGGCGUUGAGUCACGCACUUGAGCUGGAUUACCUCUAGAGGGCAGCAUCUGUUCGUCUGCUGUCUCCCCCCCCAUGUGUGGUCCAUAGGGAUCACAUGACCCAGCCAAGAACUGCAGGACCAAUCAGCAGGGAGCAGCAAUCUUACUGGAAACGUUUGCUUCAAAUCAAUCCAAGAAAACCGCUUUUGUCUCUUUCUCGCACUCCACCUGAGAGGCUCAGCUCUUUCAUUCACUCGCUUUCCUCACAACAGCACUGCACUGAAAACAAAGACCCUUCAGCGACUGAUUCAGAAAGCCUGUGUUCGGAAUGACAUACUAUCACACUACUCGUACUAUUUCUGCAGUAUGCAGUAUAUAUACUGUGCACAGUGUGUAUUUUGUUUGUGCAGAAACCCAGAUGACAAUGGAGCACAACACAUGGGUAUCCCAGAAUGCAAUGCACUUGACUUGACUUUACACAGCUCAUCUCUGGACUGCCAAAAAAUGAAAACAAUUCCCAAAAAAAACAGAUUCAAAAUAACUAUUUUUAUUUCUGAGAUGAAACUAGAAGUCAUGUGACAAUAAUGCAGCAAACUACUGUUUGAAAUGUUUAUCAUAAUGCAUAAUGUGUACUAUUUUUUAUAUUAAGCAGUAUACAGUGUAAAGUGUGCAGUAUGCUGUAAUGUUUGUUAGUAUUGUUUUCUGAACAUAGCCAUUCUGAAACAACCCAUUUUAAGGAUGAAAGGGGUGUAAAAAUAGAUUUUAGCAUCAAAAAUAAGAUUUACAUUUCUUACAGCAUUGUAAAAAAAGACCAAAUUCAUAAGUGAAGAGAAAAAAUACAAGAUUUGAUCAUUUUAUGUAAUCAGAACUGAGAUUUUUCUUGCAAUAUCAUACCAAAUUGAUUGAAUAUUGCACCAUACGUAAAAAGAAUAAUUCAAUAUAUGGUAACUACAUUAAAAUGCAUUAAAAUGAAGAUAUUGUACUAAAACUGCAGAAAAACUAACCCCUCACUUUUUGAGUACAAAGUACUGCAAAUCCACUUAUUUUAAUGGAAACCCCUGAAUAGAUUUAAAAGUGAACUAACCAUGAAAUUAGCCAAAGUAUUGUAGCGAAUGAUACUGCUACUGGUACUAAAAGAAAUUACAUGAUUAACUUAUGAAUGUCAGUGUCCUGUGAGUUUCUGACUUCUUUUCUUCCUGUCUCUCUGAUGUUUGCCUGAACAUCAUGUGGUUUGUUACUGAUGUGUAUUUGUUAUUUUGCUGAAGUUGAUAUACUGUAUACUGUACUGUACUGUAUGUGCCGCUCUGACCUGCAUGUGCUCUUCGCAACCGCUUCUUUUCGCUAUGAUUUGUAUAUAAGGUUUUAUUGUUGAUUAUUUCUGGGCUUAUUAUAAUAGAAUAAAGAUAAAUUAAUUUCAUUCUCAA